AUGGGCAUAAUUUCCAGGCGUUCCGUAUACGAACCUCUUCAAACAGGGCUUAUUGCUAUCGAUUCGAUGAUCCCUAUAGGGCGCGGUCAGCGAGAGUUAAUUAUUGGGGACAGACAGACUGGCAAAACAGCAGUAGCCACAGAUACAAUUCUCAAUCAAAAAGGGCAAGGUGUAAUAUGUGUUUAUGUAGCUAUCGGUCAAAGAGCAUCCUCCGUAGCUCAAGUAGUAACUACUUUCCAUGAGGAGGGGGCCAUGGAAUACACUAUUGUAGUAGCUGAAAUGGCGGAUUCACCUGCUACAUUACAAUACCUUGCUCCUUAUACGGGAGCAGCCCUGGCUGAGUAUUUUAUGUACCGCGAACGGCAUACUUUAAUAAUUUAUGAUGAUCUCUCCAAACAGGCACAAGCUUAUCGCCAAAUGUCCCUUCUAUUAAGAAGACCUCCCGGCCGUGAGGCUUAUCCAGGGGAUGUUUUUUAUUUGCAUUCACGCCUUUUAGAAAGAGCCGCUAAAUUAAAUUCUCUUUUAGGCAAAGGAAGUAUGACCGCUUUACCAAUAGUUGAGACUCAAUCUGGAGACGUUUCCGCCUAUAUUCCUACUAAUGUAAUCUCCAUUACAGAUGGACAAAUAUUCUUAUCUGCGGAUCUAUUCAAUGCCGGAAUUCAACCCGCUAUUAAUGUGGGUAUUUCUGUUUCCAGAGUAGGAUCCGCGGCUCAAAUUAAAGCCAUGAAACAAGUAGCUGGCAAAUCAAAAUUGGAACUAGCUCAAUUCGCAGAGUUACAAGCCUUUGCACAAUUCGCCUCUGCUCUCGAUAAAACAAGUCAGAAUCAAUUGGCAAGGGGUCGACGAUUAAGGGAAUUGCUUAAACAAUCCCAGGCAAAUCCUCUCCCAGUGGAAGAGCAGAUAGCUACUAUUUAUACCGGAACAAGAGGAUAUCUUGAUUCGUUAGAAAUUGAACAGGUAAAUAAAUUUCUGGAUGAGUUACGUAAACAUCUAAAAGAUACUAAACCUCAAUUCCAAGAAAUUAUAUCUUCUAGCAAGACAUUCACCGAGCAAGCGGAAAUCCUUUUGAAGGAAGCUAUUCAGGAACAGCUGGAACGGUUUUCUCUUCAGUAACAAAUAAAUUUUGCAUGUCUACUCUUGUUAGUAGAAUAGGAAUCGUUGAGAAAGAUUUUUCGUUUGAAUCAUGCAAAAA